GGGUCCCCUCCCCUCCCAUGGGCCCCUGGGGAAGUGGGCUUGUGGUUGAAGUGUGAUGCACCCCCAGAAGGGGAACUGAACGGCUGAGGCUCAGCUGGGGCCAGAAGAGACCCAGAGGGUGGAAAUGCUCCUCUCCAGGGAGGGAGGAAGGACUCCCUGGCCUGAUACUGUUUGGAGGCUGCAGAGACACUUGACCAGGGGGUGCUCAUGAGAGGUUCUCCCAUCCCUGUAACGUUCCCAUGGGCUGGAAACAAGCCAUUCUGCACUGGACAGCGGCGUGACCGCAGUGUUGCAGCAGGACCCCUGCGGAGAGUUGGCUGGAUGCUGCCUGCGCGCCCAUUGCCUGGGCUGGGAGGUGUGAUCUCUGCUCCAGGUACCAUGGUGACUGACAGACAAGCCUCCGUCCUGGGCUCCUGCCUCCAGCCGGCGCCGGCCCAGACCCCAGUGACCAUCGUCCUCACCCCGCCGAGCCCCGCGCUGGGAGGGGGCGUCAGCCUGGCCCCGCAGCCAACGCCACAGGACUUGCGGUCCUGCAGCUGGUACCGAUCAGCGCCCGCUGCUGAACCCAGCCGGAUCCUCACCUACUACCCAACCCCCCUGGUUCAGCAGAACGGCCCGGCCCACACGGGGCGGGAGACAGCGGGGCCGGGCUGCGUCCUGCACAUCGCGGGGUUAACGCUCAGCGACACCGGGAACUACACGGUGCAGAUACUGAGCCCGACCAGCCCCGGCCUCGGCUCGGUGCAUCUGCGCGUCUCUGAAAUCCUGCCCAAGCCCACGGUGACGCCCGGCCAAAUCCAGGUGCUGGAGGACGGGACCUUCACCCUCAGGUGUAACAGCUCCCCCAGCGCCGACACCGUGCUCUGGCUCCGGGACGGGGCGUCCCUCGCGCCCAGUGAGCGGCUGGGGCUGUCCGCUGACAACCGGACCCUCACGGUGCUGGGUGUCACCCGGGGCGACGCUGGCACCUACCAGUGCGAGGUCGGGAACCCCGUCAGCACUGAACGCAGCGAGCCCAGCACCGUGACGCUGGCCUUCUCUCCUCCAGACGCCCCUCGUCCAGGUCUCUCUACUGGGGCCGUUGCCGGGAUCAUCAUCGGGUCACUGGCCGGGGUAGCGCUGGUCGGAACCGGGGUCUAUUUCCUCUGUUCAGGCCACCGGAGCAAGACCCCCAGGCGGAGCGAGAUGACCCCCCCAGAGUACGAGAACCUGCCCCCUGCAGCCCGGGCGGGCCCAGUGGCCCCACCUGGGAGCCCCCCUGACACCAGCCCCACGUAUGAGAUGCUGCAGCCCGGACAGCGGGACGUGUACGACCAGCUGCGGAGAUGAGCCCCCCAGUGCCCUGGUGCAUGCUGGGAAGACCCCUGUAUUGGGGGUGGGGGUGUCAGUCCCACCUGCUCUUUUACAGCCAUUUUGCUAAGUUCCCUACCCCCCACCCCACCCUGGGGGGGUCACUAGUCCUGGGGGGCUCUGGGACAGGCUGGCAUCCAGCCUGGGGGGGAGGGGCCCCCCCUCAGCCUUUGGACCCAGCCAAGGGCCAAGGAAGCGGCUGGAGGAGAGAGACGCUGGGGUCCCGCUGCGGGGGGGCUCCCCGAGGUCUCUCCCCAGGGGGCCCCUGGCUGACCCCAGAGCGGUUGCAGUGUCACAGGAACCCAGCGCAGCCCUGGCCAUGUGCCCCCAUGGGGGGGGGGGGCGAGCGCAGCCGUGGGGUCUGGGAGCGCAGGAGAGGGGGGCGAGCCAGGGGCUCUGCUGUCUGUGAGCCAGGCCGGAUGGGACCAGUCCCUCAGUCUGAGCUUCUGUGUCCCACCAGCCCCCCAGCCCCCACUGGCUCCACCCAGCGCCCGAAGUCAGAGCAAAGUGUCACUGCCCCCAGGGCCCAGCCUGUUCUGUGCGACGGGCGGGGCCCGGAGGGAGCAGGUGCCGCAGGGCGGGGGAUGGAGUGACAGAGACCCAGAGACCCCCGGCCAGUGACCCGCCCCCCCCCCCACGCUGCAGAGGGAGGGGAACCCCCCACGGGCCCUGCCAAUCUGAGCGGGGGGAAAAACCUUCCUGAGCCCAGACAUGGUGACCAGCUGGACACGACGUGUGAGCAAGGACCAGCGAACCCAGCACCGGUGAGAGAUGCUCGGUGCCACGCAGAGCCCAGGCCCCCCAGGUCCGGUGCCGAGGCCAGGCCAGGCCACCUCCGUGCUUCGCAGGAAGGAGAUGAUAACCUCCCAGAAUAUAUAUA